AUGCCUGGAGGGGAGCGCGGCCCCAGCUACCGCCGCCGCGUCCACAUCGCCGUUUAUCAGAAGGACCCAAACCACGGCCCCUCUGGGAGCCGCAUGCCUAUCUCCGGCUUUAGGGACGAUGCAGAAGUGGCUCUGAGGAUUGACGUUGCUGCUCUCCUGUCUGAUGGUUUCGUGAUCCACCGUUCUUCCAACCAGGUCUAUCUCACGGAGCAGACCAUCCCGCCCUCGUACACCAUCGAUCUCGGCUCGGGCCAACCGGUUGCCGCCAACACUUUUGGACCGUCCGGAGGGAUGCGCAAAAAGUCGAGGUCCGUGGCUGUCUUUGCUGUUGUGGUUGCACUCACACUUACGCCCUCCUUUCUGUGCGGUCCCGGCCACGUGCUAGUGGAGGCCAAUGCGGAGCAGGGCUGGCGGCACAUCAUUCAGCCCUCCGUGUCGGAUCGGCCACCUCGUGUGAAGCCGCGGCACCCGUUCCCCUUCAAGGGUAGGCAUGUGGAUGUCAUCAAUACUUAUCAGUAUGCCUGGCACAGUGGCAGUGACCGGGAACAGCUUCUGCACAAGCGUGAGAGGGUUUGGAUUCGGCUCGACCAGCUAAUAUCCACCAUCCCCAUCAGAAACACCCUCCUGUUAGGGGGUGACUUUAACUGUGUGGGCACAUUCGAUGGGCACAGGUUUGGCCCGUCCACCGCGCGCUCGCAGUCGCCUCACCCUGACAAGGACUCUCUGGCCAACCUUGCCCGUGUCCACUGCCUCACUGCUUUGAACACCUGGGGCCACAGGACACACAUGUCCACCUUCCAGCAUGAAUCAGCUUGUAGCCAGAUUGACUUCCUCCUUAUGCGCCGUGCUCAAUCGGACGGUCUGGCAAAGCAGGCCCGCCCCGACCAUGCCUUUCACGUUCUGCGCUGGCGUGGAGGCGCUCUCCACCGCCCUGUCCAGGCCAGCAUUCCGGCCCUCCACUACCAGCAAGCGGGCCACGCGCCCAAACCGCUUCCUCCGUCCCCUAAGUACCUAGUGGAGCAAGCCCCGGAGGCCCUCUCUGCUUUCAGAGAGGAGCUUGCAACCCUCCUUGCCUCUGGUCCCGUCAGCCCCGAAUCCCUCAACCAUGCCCUGCGCAGUGCAGGCAGACACCUCGAUACGCCGGACCCGCCAACCACCACAACCACCCCGCAACAGGUGUUGGAGGGAGCCGUUCUCUCCAUGUGGCAGGCGCGUCGACGCGCGCUACAGUACUCGGAGGUGUGGGGCCACCGCUCGCUCUCCCUGCGCGCGGGGACCGACGCUAGUCACGCCGUCCUUCGCACGGCCAUGCGGGGAUGGCUUCUCUGGGCUCGCUACCUUGGCUCCCACUCUGCCAUUCGCAAGCGAAGCCGAGGCGUCAAACGAGAAAUUUUCCAGGACUUGCAGGACUCCCUGCGCGCUCUGGAAACGGGCAAGGCUGUGCCUCGACACCUUGCCAGCAUACAGCUCUGGAAGUUUGGCCAGGAUGUUGUGCUUCCCCAUGUGCACAGUCUGUGUCGCCGCAUCUGGGAGGGCGCUCCUUUUCCGCUCCUGUGGGCGGACGCCUGGAUCGCCUGGCUCGCCAAGCCAAACAAGCCCAGCGACCAGCCGGCCAAUAUGAGACCAAUUUCCAUUACUGAUGCGGGCGGUAAACUGGUCGCCAAGGCUUUGUGUACGCGACUUCGGCCCUGGUUCGCCCAGGCUGCCGCUGAUUGGCCCCAAUUCGCGUACCUGCCUGGUAUCACUAUCUCCGUAGAUUCUUCUCGGGCCUUUGACACGAUUGAUAGAACUACCCUUGAGAUCGAGCUUCGGCAGGCCGGAGUCCCGCAGGCAGACAUUGUCGUGAUCAUGAGCAUGCGUGCUUCCAUUGGAUAUCACCCGUCAGUCAUCGAACCGGAGCGGAGGGUGCCUAGCCACAGAUGUGUCAGACAGGGCUGUCCGCUGGCUCCUAGCUUGUGGGUUCUCAUCACUGUUGCUUUGCUGAAGGCUCUGGCCCACCAUUCCUCCCAGGCCACUGUCCAGGAUGUGGCCACCGUCUUUGCAGACGACCUCCUUCUCCAGUGGGAGUUCACUUCUGUCCCUGAGCUCGAUUCGUUUCUCCUGCUUGUGGCACGGUGUUUGCUCAUCAUGCAGAGAUUGGGUCUGGAUGUGCAACACAAGAAGACGAAUGUCAUGAUCUCCUGCCGGGGUCGCCAGGCUAAACAGUGGCUCGCGCGGCACACCGCCCGCACGCCUGACGGCAGGUAUCUUGUCUUGCCUCGUCAGGGCUCAGCGCCGCUACACCUCCCCAUUGUCACCUCGAUUACGUAUCUGGGAAUAGUUUUGUGUUGUGGGGACUUUGCUGCCCAAACCCUGGCACAUAGGCUUCGCACUGCGGAAAUCCAGCGUGCGCGCCUGCUGAAGGUGCUACACAGCAAAUCCAUCCCGAUGCACCGGCGUCUGCAGCUUUGGCAGGCAUGCGUGUGCAGUUCCGCUCUUUACGGGCUGCACGUGAUCGGCUUACGUCAAAAGCAGAUAGAUCGGCUCACGCAGGUCUUGGUUAAGCAUGUCCGAGCCAUUACCCGUAGUUUUGCGCACAUGACUAAGGAAUCCAGCUUCGACCUUCUCUCUCGUGUGCGCCUCAGUGACCCGCUCACUACGCUGCAGUGCCGUUGCGCGCACACUCUCACCAAGGCUUUGCAGAGUCAGGACCCCAUGGUGCGGCUCCCGGCUGUUCGACAGGGUCUCCAGGCGAGCGCGUCCUCCUUGGCAGCGUGUGCUUCCCAUCUCACCUCCCACACCCCCUUCACGCCGGGUGACGAGGACCGGGUCAGCAAACCGGCCCCGGCCCCGCUUCAGGGCGCCGCGCAAAACGAGCCUAUUCAGUGCCAGGAUGGUCUGAAGCCAGCCGUGUUCGCUUGUACGGAGUGUCACUUGUGGUUUGCUGACCUUAGUGCACUAAAGAAGCACCGUCUGCAGGUACACGAGAUCGGGGCGGCCAAGAAGUGUGUGGCUCAGGAGCAUCGGCAGCAUUCUGCCAAUGGGAUGCCGGAGUGUAGGCACUGCGGCAAGAACCUGGCCCCUCUUCAUGAGUGGCUAGGCUUAGCUAGGCGGCCGGAGGCUCUGUGCGCUGCUAUCCAAGACCGCUGCGGCAUUCAACCUGGACAGCGGCACCACAAGCGCAUCAUGGCCAUGGCGCUCCCGACCCCGUCGACGACAGACCAGGAGAUGGACACGGUGUUCGGACACCUCCUCGGCAAGCGCACGGCCCCACAGACGGCGCCGCUGGAGGCCCAAGCGGACCGUCAGCCGAAGACGAGCAAAAGGGAACCGGGCAAAGGAACCAACGGCAAGGGUGGAAAGGGCAAGGGAAGGGCUCCUACGGCAGGGGAUUACCUUUUCCGUCUCCAGGCCGACCGCACAGUCAUCUUCACCUUCCAGCUGGGAACCCAGCCCUACCAUGUGAUCCCGGCCCUCCUGGAGGUAGCCGCGUCGUGGAAGGAGAAGAAGGAGAACCAGCCCCAGACGAUCUCCAGGUCUCUGAGGCACACGCUGGUGCUCUACCUGCUGCAGGAGCUCACGCAGAGGCUCGACCUCUUCACCACAAGCCCCGAUGCGAUCAAGAAGGCGCAGGAUCUGGGCUGGCUGACCUCGGACAUGACAUGGAACUACAUGCGCUGGAAUGCCGCCGAGAAGAAGCUGAUUCCCACCCAGCAGAAAGGCAUACCCAUGGCCCAUGGCCUCAUUUCAAAAGGACCUGGCCGCCCUGGGGAGACGGCCACCUUCGUCCUGGAGGUGAGCAUGCAAGACCCAAAUGCCGCGCAGACCAUGGAGAUCUUCCGUCGCUGGUUCACAUCGGCAGCACUCCUCCUCCUGGCUGCCCGCCUGAAGCCAGCCAGUCGCCAUCGGCCCUCACACAUGGAGGAGCUUGCAAGCACUCUCCUGAACACGAGUGCCCAGGCCCCCCCUCCUAUAUGCAUCAGCCCCUCUCUCCGCUCCUUGCGCCUGAGAAACUCCAGUAAUCUGUGCUACAUUCAUGCUGUGGCUAUGCUCCUGGCAUACGCCAUUGAUGCCUGCAGGUCCUUCGGCCCAUGCGUGGUAGCCGCUGCAGUGGAACAGACGGUGGUGAGGCUCUCUGGCACCCCCCUCGAAAAAGGGUCUAUUAGCCUGCUGGCACUGUUGCCUUGGAGGUUGCUGCUACAAGGCUGGCCUGCCAUUCAGGAACAGCACGACUGUGCGGAAUUUCUGAGGUUCCUCCUCAGCAGGUUCGACAUGCCCCAACUGUGUUGCCACUGGCAGGCUCGAGAGGAUGACAUUUCAGAGGGGGUCUCUGUACCUCCACCAUGUCUGCAAGGGUCUGCCCUGAUUGAGCUCCUGUCAAUGUCUGCUGCUGACAGCCUGCAAGACUGCAUCAGCUCGUGGAGUGCACAAAUCCCCACACAUGCCCUUGUCAUGCCCCCCCGCAUAGUUUUCCUCUGCGUUGCCAGGUGUGUCGAUCCGGAAAGGGGAAAGGACGACAGGCCUCUGCCCUGUGAGCCUCAGCAGCGUGUGCUGCUGCCUGUGUUCCAAGGGCGGACAAGUGCUGUUAGCUGGUCUCCGUAUCAGGUUGUUGGAGGGGUACUUCACCUGGGGCCCACCCCCAAGUCAGGACACUACACAGAGCCUUCCUUGCACACACCCCUCGUGCCCCUCAGGUCCGUGAAGAGGUGUCCUCGCCUCCGGCCCCUACGUGGGAGCCGCCGUGGUGGAUCACCGACGACGACACGCCUGCUCGACCCUGCAGAGCUGUUUCACUAG